UAGAAGCAGGCGAUACACGCACGGAACUAGCUAUUGGUUUAAUCGAAAGAUUAAACCAAUAGCAGGGCACGUAGAAUUUAGACACACCUUUUUACUGUUGACACGUCUUUUAUGAAUAACUUCCUCAAAAGCUAACCACUGUUGAGUUGUUCCAUCAACAGAAGAGGACAGAGUGGUAAAGAGGAAGAGAUCACUGCCUCCAAGAUGAGUCUCUCUGGGGGGAGAGAGGAAGAGGAGACCGCUGCCUCUAAGAUGAGUCUCUCUGGGGGGAGGAGAGAGGAAGAGGAGACCGCUGCCUCUAAGAGGAGUCUCUCUCGUGAACAUGACACCGACAACAAAACUAAGAGCCUGAUCCACCAGGAGAGACCAGACUCCCCUGUACCCAGCUGUCUGUCCAUGAAGAGUGACCAGUCUAUGGAACAACCAAUAAAGUUCAGAGAGGGAGGCAUCUCUACUGAUCAAGGAGACCAACAGGAGAGAUCUGAUAUUCCCAGUGGUCAGUCUGUCCAGAGUCAAACAGACCUGGAGUUCAUAUUCAGGUCACUUGAAGAGAAUAUUUUCAAGUUUGUGAAGAAAGAGCUGAAAAGAUUCAAGAGAAUUUUGAGUCCAGUUUUGCCAGAAUGCUUUGAGAAGCAGGAAGAGGGUGAAGAAGUGGUGGACCCUGGACAUGAAAAGCAGGAGUGCAGAGCCAGAGAAGGGGCUCUGAAUAUUACACUGUUUGUCCUGAGGAACAUGAACCAAAAGGGGCUUGGUGACGCAUUGGAACAAAGACUUGUAGAUGAUCCUGUUAUGAAGAGCCAACUUAAAUUGAAAUCACACCUGAAAAAUAUGUCUGAAAAUAUAUUUGAGGGAAUUCCAAGACAAGGAAACUCAUCACUACUCUGUAAGAUCUACACAGAACUGUACAUCACAGAGGGUGGAUGUGGAGAGGUCAAUAAUGAACAUGAGAUAAGACAGAUUGAGAUGGCAUCAAAGAAAGAAGUACAUCUAGAGAGACCAAUCAAAUGCAACAACAUUUUUAAAUGCUUAUUUGGUCAAGACAAACCUAUCAAAACUGUAUUGACAAAGGGUGUUGCUGGCAUUGGAAAAACCGUCUCUGUGCAGAAGUUUAUUCUGGACUGGGCUGAAGGAAAGGCGAAUCAGGACAUCCAGUUUUUAUUUCCUCUGUCUUUUCGAGAGCUUAAUUUGAUGAAGAAGCACAGCUUGAUGGAUCUUCUUCAACACUUCUAUAGCCAAACCAAAGAUCUGGGAAUCUCUGCAUUUGACGAGUAUAAAGUUUUGUUUGUCUUUGAUGGUCUGGAUGAGUGUCGACUUCCUUUAGACUUUAAGAACUGUGAGAUCUGCUGUGAUGUCACAGAGAGAACCUCAGUUGAUGUACUGCUGACAAACCUGAUCAAGGGGAAUCUGUUACCCUCUGCUCUAAUAUGGAUAACCUCUCGACCUGCAGCAGCCAGUCAGAUCCCCCCAGAGUUUGUUGACCGGGUAACAGAGGUACAAGGUUUCAAUAAAUCUCAGAAGGAGGAGUACUUCAAGAAAAGAUUCAGGGAUGAUGAGAUCCUGGCCAGCAAAAUAAUUUCACAUAUAAAGACAUUGAGGAGCCUUCACAUCAUGUGCCACAUACCCGUCUUCUGUUGGAUCUCUGCCACAGUUCUUCAGCACAUGUUGAAUACAGAGCAAAACAGAGAGAUGCCCAAGUCUAUGACUCAAUUGUACAUUGGCUUAGUGGUAUUUCAUAUCAAACAGAUGAAUGAGAAGUAUAAGACAGAUCCACAUUUAGGUAAAAAGAGUGUCAUGGCCCUGGGAAAACUGCCCUUCCAACAGCUGGAGAAAGGUAACCUAAUCUUUUAUGAGGAAGACCUGAACGAGUGUGGCAUUGAUGUCAGAGAAGCCUCAGUGUACUCAGGCGUGUGCACACAGGUCUUCAGAGAGGAUUAUGGGCCUUUCCAGAAUGUUGUGUACUGCUUUGUGCAUCUAAGCAUCCAGGAGUUUCUGGCUGCAUUGUAUGUGUUUCUCACAUUUAUCAAUGACAACAUCAAUCUUAUGGCUCAACCACAGUCAACCACCAAAGAACACACACAAGAAAAUGAACCUGAAAGGAGCCUUUUGUUCAGGAGUGCUGUGGACCAGGCCUUACGGAGUAGGAAUGGACACCUGGACCUGUUCCUCCGAUUCCUUCUAGGCCUCUCGCUGGAGUCAAAUCAAACUCUCUUACAAGGUGUUCUGACACAGACAGUAAGCAUCUCCCAGACUAGUAUGGAAACGGUCAAGUACAUCAAGGAGAUUAUCAGGGAGAAUCCCCCUCCAGAGAGGUGCAUCAAUCUGUUCCACUGUCUGAAUGAACUAAAUGACUGUUCUUUAGUGGAUGAGAUUCAAAGAUACCUGAGCUCAGGAAGUCUCUCAGAUGACAAACUAUCACCUGGAGAGUGGUCAGCUCUGGUCUUUGUGUUGCUGACUUCAGAAGAGGAGUUGGAUGUAUUUGACCUGAAAAAAUACUCAAAAUCUGAGGAAGGUCUUCAGAGGCUGCUGCCUGUAAUCAAAGCCUCCAGAACAGCUUUGUUGGACAGAUGUAACCUCACAGAGAAAUGCUGUGAAGUGUUGGCUUCAGCUCUUAGUUCAACGUCCUCCCAUCUGAGAAAACUGGACCUAAGUAACAAUGACCUGCAGGAUGCAGGAGUAAAGCUCCUCUCUGCUGGACUGGAGAGUCCAAACUGUAAACUAGAGACACUGAGGCUGUUUGACUGUGGAGUCACUGAAAAGGGUGGUGAUUCUCUGGCAUCGGCUGUUUGGUCAAAUUUUUCCCACCUGAGAGAGCUGAAUGUAGAGCUGGCUGAGUUUGAUCUGAAGAAAUUCUCCAUAUCUGACGAUGGUCUUUGGAAGAUGCUGCCAGUGGUCAAAGCUUCAAAAAGAGUUUUGUUGAAUGGGUGUAACCUCACGGUCAGAUUCUAUCAAGGGAUGAUCUCAGCUCUCAUCUCAACCUCCUCCCAUCUGAGAGAGUUGGACCUGAGUUACAAUGACCUGCAGGAUUCAGGGCUGAAGCUGCUCUGUAAGGAUGGACUAGUGGAUCCACACUGUAAACUGGAGACAUUGAGAUUAAACCAAUGCAGGCUUACAAAGACAUGCUGUACAUUGUUGGCCUCAACUCUCAUCUCAAACCUCUGCCACCUGACGAAGCUGGACCUGUGUGACAAUGACCUGCAGGAUUCUGGAGUGAAGCUGCUGUCUGCUGGACUGGAGCAUCCACACUGUAAACUGGAAACACUGAGGCUGUCUGGUUGUCUGAUCACAGAGGAAGGCUGUGCGUAUCUGGCCUCGGCUCUGAACUCAAACCCCUCACACCUGAGAGAGUUGGACAUCAGUUACAAUCACCCAGGAGAGUCAGGAGUGAAGCUGCUCUCUGCUGGACUGGAGGACCAACACUGGAGACUGGAGAAACUCAAUGUGGAUCAUGGUGGACCGUGGUGUUUGAAACCAGGACUGAUCAAAUAUGCCUGUGAUCUCACACUGGACCCAGACACAGCAUACAGAACCCUCUGUCUUUCUGAGGGGAACCGGACAGUGACAUGGGGAGAGGAGCAGCCAUACCCUGACCACCCAGACAGAUUCAUGUACUGGUCCCAGGUGCUGUGUAGAGAGGGUCUGACUGGGCGCUGUUACUGGGAGGCGGAGUGGAGUGGAGACUGGGCUCAGAUAGGAAUGACAUAUAAAGAAAUCAAAAGGAGAGGACCCGGUGAUGACAGCAGACUUGGAGCCAAUGACAAGUGCUGGAGUUUGUACUGCUCUCAUAAGAGUUUCAGUGCCCGACACAUUAUAGCCAUACCAGCCACCUCCUCCUCCUGGUCUAACAGAGUAGGAGUGUAUCUGGACUGGCCGGCAGGCACUCUGACCUUCUACAGCGUCUCCUCAGACACACUGACCCACAUACACACAUUCCGCUCUACAUUCACUGAGCCCCUCUUCCCAGGGUUUUAUGUUGGGCUUCACUCCACAGUGUCCCUGAUCCAUGUUGAAUAGCCCCUGUGUCCCAUGAAUUCCCCUGAGACUUAAAGAACCUCUUGCACCACCUUUAGCUAUCAAUCACUGCCACUAAAAUAAAUGCUUUUUCAAGGGACUGUAACUAAUGGUACCAUUCUAUACCUAUAAUUUAUGAUACCAUUUAGUACCUAAACUUAAUGAUACUAUCCUGUGCCUAUUACUAAUUAGAUUAGAUUCAACUUUAUUGUCACUGAACAGCAAAAGUAAAAUACAAUGAAAUGCAGUUGGCAUCUAACCAGAAGUGCAAAUAGAUGGCAGAGAAUGUUACUACUUUAAAUACUUGUAUUUAAGUAUAUGUUUAUUACAAGUGGAAUGUGCAGAUGUGCAUGUGGCAGUACUAAAUGUGCAGUUAAGGCAAAUGGAGGAGGGCAGAAAGUUUAAUUACUAAUGAAACCAUUUUGUAUCUGAUAUUAUUCUUUAUCUAUAACCUGUUAUGUGUAUCUUGUUAACAUGUCUGGAAGGAUGGGGAAUUUACAAUGUUUUGUAGUUUUACCAAAUAAAUAUUUUCACCCGUAA